AUAAUGGCGCGCAUGAACAGACCCGCGCCGGUGGAAAUCACCUACAAGAAUAUGAGGUUCCUCAUCACCCACAACCCUACCAAUGCCACCCUCAACAAGUUCAUCGAGGAGCUGAAGAAGUAUGGCGUGACCACAGCAGUGAGGGUGUGCGAGGCCACGUACGAUGCUACAUUGGUGGUAAAAGAGGGAAUUCAAGUUCUGGACUGGCCGUUUGAUGACGGCGCUCCUCCCUCUAACCAGAUUGUGGACGACUGGCUCAACCUGCUCAAGGUCAAGUUCCGUGAGGAGCCCGGUUGCUGCAUUGCCGUGCACUGUGUGGCGGGCCUCGGCAGAGCUCCUGUCCUGGUGGCCCUCGCCCUCAUUGAAUGUGGCAUGAAAUACGAAGAUGCCGUGCAGUUCAUUCGACAGAAGCGUCGCGGAGCUUUCAACAGCAAGCAGCUCUUCUACCUGGAGAAAUAUCGUCCAAAGAUGCGUCUUCGCUUCAAAGAUUCCAACAGCCAUCGCAACAACUGCUGCAUCCAGUAG